CUGAACAGAUUUUGGUGCCGUUUUACAAGGAAACGGAAUGGUCACUUUGUUGCUCCGAGAUCUGAUGACCAGUUGCCGGCUGAUUUGAUUGCUGCAGGAACUAACUCCCCCCACAUCAGAGUGCAGUGGUGACUCAAGUUUUCCCACGCAGACAUCCAGCCCAUAGACGGGCGCUGUAGGUCAUUUUGUUCUUAUUGGCUGGUAAUUCAUCCCGUUCCACUGAGACUGUAUUGGUCUUCUCUCGCUCCCUCCGCCUGUCAAGACACGCGUUUUGGUUGGUUUUAGUAUUUCUUUAACUUUGUAUUUUUUUUUUUUUACCUCGGUGGCUCGCCACAUCCCCUUCCUGCGAGCAGAGCCAGGUAUUCUUUCUGAAUUGUUUUCCUAAGAGGUUUGUGCUCCGCACAGAUUCGUCUGUAAGCCACCAUCAGGAGCAGCUUCAGCAUCAAGAUGUCUACGGCUCCGAUCAGAUCCCCCACGGCGCAGUCCGGCAGGAUGAAAAAGGACGAGUCCUUUCUGGGAAAACUGGGAGGCUCUCUCGUCCGGAAGAAAAAAGCCCGAGAAGUGAGUGACCUGCAGGAAGAAGGAAAGAAUGCCAUCAACUCUCCCCUCCAGCCCUUCAGCACAGACCUCCACCCUGAGGACACCCUGCUUGAGGAAAAUGCUGAGAGAACUAUGCUGGACCCCAGUUCCAGGGAAGAUGGCAAAUUUAAAGAAUUAAUGAAGGUCCUGAUUGACUGGAUUAACAAUGAGCUGGAGGAGGAGAGAAUCAUUGUGAAGGACCUUGAGGAGGAUGUGUACGAUGGCCAGGUGCUGCAGAAGUUAUUUGAGAAGCUGUCGGGCCGCAAGUUGAACGUGGCGGAGGUGACGCAGUCGGAGAUCGGGCAGAAGCAGAAGCUGCAGACGGUGUUGGAGGCAGUGAAUGAGCUCCUGCUGCCUCAUGGCUGGGCCAUUGAAUGGAGUGUGGACUCUGUCCAUGCCAAGAAUCUGGUGGCCAUCGUCUACCUUCUGGUUGCCCUGGCGAUGCAUUUCCAGGCCCCGAUCCGCCUCCCGGAACAUGUGUCUGUGCAGGUGGUCAUCGUCAAGAAAAGAGAAGGCAUGCUUCAGGCAUCACAUGUGACAAAGGAGCUUACCACCACCACAGAAAUGAUGAUGGGAAGAUUUGAAAGAGAUGCCUUUGAUACCCUCCUGGAUCAUGCACCCGACAAACUUAAUGUUGUUAAAAAGUCUCUCAUUACCUUCGUGAACAAGCACCUUAAUAAGCUAAACCUGGAGGUGACUGAACUGGAAACUCAGUUUGCAGAUGGUGUGUAUUUAGUGCUGCUGAUGGGACUGUUGGAGAACUACUUUGUUCCUCUCUACAACUUUUUUCUCACCCCUGAGAACUUUGAUCAGAAGGUUCAUAAUGUGGCCUUUGCCUUUGAGCUCAUGCAGGAUGGGGGACUGAAGAAACCGAAAGCUCGCCCAGAAGGUACUGAAGUCUGUACUGUCUGUACUGAAGAUCUGUUUUGCUUGUAUUGGAGGCUCAUUUUUUUUUCUCUAAAGAAUGGCUGUCUUGUCUAAGGUUGAAAUAAAAUC